CCCAUCCCAUUCCCUCAUAUAUCUACCUUUUCUCCCAAACCACAAAUCAAAGGCAAAAACAAUGGCAAAACUCACAAAAUGCGUUGCUUUCUCUGCUCUCUUCUUCUUCUUCUUCUUCCUUCAUCAGCGCCCUCUCCGAGCAAACGGAGCCAAGUACAAUGUUGUGGCACUAGGAGCCAUCCAGGGCAGUAAGACCGGCUCCUCGGAGGCCUUCCUCCGAGCAUGGAAGUCCGCGUGCGAGUCCAAAGGGCCAUCCAUUAUCUACGUGCCGAGUGGCAGGUUCCUACUAGAGAAGUCAAUAGAGUUUGCCGGGCCCUGCAAGGGUGGCCCCAUUGGCAUUCGUAUCGACGGCUCGCUGGUUGCUCCGUCCGAUUACAAGGUGAUUGGAAGUGCAUAUAGUUGGUUGUCGUUUCAUAACGUUGAUGGGGUCUAUCUUUCGGGAGGGACGCUCGACGGGCAAGGCACCGGGUUGUGGAAAUGCAAGGCUUCUUCCGAUAGUGAUUGCCCUAGCGGAGCCUCGACAUUACUCUUCAGCAAUUCCAAAAAUAUAAUCAUCAGCAGACUAACAUCCCUAAACAGCCAAAUGUUCCACAUCGUCAUCAACCGCUGCGAGAACGUGAAGAUGCAAGGCGUGAAGGUCUUCGCGGACGGGGAGAGUCCCAACACGGACGGCAUCCACGUCCAAUAUUCAUCUGAUGUUACUAUCCUAAACUCGAGGAUUGCGACAGGCGACGACUGCAUCUCGAUCACACAAGGGACGUCGAAUGUGUGGGUCGAGGACAUCCUCUGUGGGCCGGGUCAUGGGAUCAGCGUCGGAAGCCUCGGAAAGACCCUAGAAGAGGAGGGUGUGGAGAACGUGACGGUUACGUCAGUAAUACUGAGUAGUACUACAAACGGCGUGAGGAUUAAGACCUGGGGCAGACCCAGCAGUGCAUUCGCCAGGAACAUCCGUUUUCAACACGUGGUCAUGUCUGAUGUCCAGAACCCGAUCAUCAUCGACCAGAAUUACUGCCCCCACAACGAGAACUGCCCUGGUCAGGAUUCCGGCGUGGAGGUCAGCAACAUAACUUACGAAGACAUCCGCGGGACAUCGGCCACCCGAGUGGCACUAAAAUUCGACUGCAGCACUGCAACACCGUGCACCGGGAUACAGCUGAAAAACGUGAACCUCACCUUCAAGGAUAAACCGGCCGAAACGUUGUGUGUCAAUGCUAAUGGAACUGCGGAGGGCCAAAUUCAGCCCUCAAACUGCCUCGGACUGUGACGCACUGGAGAAUAUCAAUCGAUCAUAUGCGUACUGCUAGCUCACAUGAAUUCACCUGUAUAUAUAGGAAUAUAUGGGUACAACCAUUGUUGUGUGUUGACAGAAGAUUUCAAAAGUUGUGACUUAAGAACUCAUGCAUGUAUGAAUCGACCGAAGUAAUUACUAGCUAGGUUACAUAUCGUAAGCUUGUCGCUUUAGCUAGUGGUGGUACAUGAGCCCCGAUCGUGUCUUUAGCAACCUUUCAAUAUGUACUUGUAAACCUAUAUAUUCUGGUAAUGUAUAUAUCCAGAGAUAUGUUCUAUGAGA